AUAUCACGCUUGAAACAUUGGAUUGUUUAGAAGAUUACAAGCGUUGGAGGCUGAGAGAAUUCUCAGCCCUUGCUUUCUCCCUCAAAUUUCUCUACUCCACCGCAUUCUUCUCUCCUUCAAUGUUUCCCUCAAAUUAUGGAUCUCUCUAUUCUUCUUCUAUCCUGUUCUCCAUUUUCCCACUUUUGUUUUCCUCUCUUCUUCUUCAUCUUUUUCUUUCUUUGCUUCUCCGAAGGAUCCAACCGGCAACAUGGUAAUUCUUAUUCACUCUGUUUCCUGUCAGUUUUUGAAUCAUUUAUCUUGUUAUGGCUGGUGAACUAAUAAACAUGGGAAAUGCAAUAUUCAUGAAUAUUUUCAUAGGUGGGUUGCAUCAAGCUGAGCUGGUUCAGAUUUGAAUCCAUGUUUAGUUUGAACAAGCUGAAUUCAAUAUGGAACUUAUAUUGACAAACAUGAACUUGUGUCAAAACAAUGGUUCAUUAAAUUUAUCAUAUACAAUUGUUUAUUUAUCAGUCUUGUCUUGUGCAUAGCAUUUCUUCUUGGUAUGCCAUUUCAAAAUACCAUUCUCUAGCAAGCUUCCUGGGUGUUCAACUUUGGUGCAUAGUCUGCAUCCUGAAAUUCAUUCUUCAUGUAUGUAAUAAGGGCUGGAUUUGCACCGAAUUGAGUUUGUCUUAAAGUUGUUCGAAAUCAACUCGCUUGAAUAAAGUCGAGCUAGAGUUGAGCUUUUGGUAUUGUAAUCGAACAAAAAAUAACUAAAACGAUGUUGUUUUAAGUAUAUCGGUCAAAAUGUUGCUAUCAUUUUAGUUGAUUCAUAUUGAAAUUUUUUAGAUUCGCGAGCUUGGUGAGCCAAUUAACCCUAAAGUUCGAGCUCAAGUUCAUUUGAGUCAAGCUCGUUUGAAUUGAACUCGAACAAACUCGGUUCAAAUCCAACCGUAGACUAAUGUGUGUAUUAUAUGUUGUAUGGAAUUGAAAUCAUAUAUAUACUCAAAUGGGUUAGGCGAACGCGGCAUCUGGAAUGGCUGUAAAUGAUGAAUGUAAGCUGAAAUUUCAAGAACUAAAAGCAAGAAGGCACUACCGAUUUAUAAUCUUCAAGAUUGAAAACCAGCAGGUGGUGGUAGAGAAACUUGGCAGCCCUGGAGACUCUUAUGAUGACUUCACUGCAUCUCUUCCUGCCGAUGAAUGCCGUUAUGCUGUCUUCGACUUCGAUUUCACUACCACUGAGAACUGCCAGAGAAGCAAAAUUUUCUUCAUCGCCUGGUCACCUGAUACAUCAAAGGUGAGGAUGAAAAUGGUGUAUGCGAGCACCAAGGACAGAUUCAAAAGGGAACUGGAUGGGAUUCAGUUUGAGUUGCAGGCAACAGAUCCCAGUGAGAUGAGCCUCGACAUUGUUAAAGGGCGAGCAGUUUAGCGGAAAUUAAGCUGCCAUUUUCUUUUGCUUUAUGGGUUUUAUACUAUGCAGUAGUAUGCAUAUUUUUAUGUACAAUGUUAUAUGCACAAUACAGUUGGGUAUAUAGAUCAUGUGAUUGGGUUUUUAUAUACCUAAUUAUGUACUCAAAACUGUAUGCGCAUAAUACUUGUACUUUAUCAUGUGAAAUACUUUUCCAUUUCCCUGACUUGGGGCAUUUUUCUGUUUAUCAACAUCUAAGAAAUUUUAUCAAUUAUAACC